AUGGAAAAGCCUACAUUUCCUAGGAGGUUUUUCACCAAAGGUUCAGAUCCUGAAAGCGACAAAAGCAUCGGGUAUUACAGCAACAACACGAAGUUGUUCGCAGCUCUCACCACACUCUUGACCGAUGAUGAAUGGGCUGAGCUCGAGGAAUCUCCGCUCGGGGUAUUCUUCAGAUUCGUGAACAGCAAAUUCUCAUGGGCUUCAAUGAUUGUGAAGUGUAUGCUCAAUAUGCAAAUAGUGUGCAAGAAGCCCUUCGAGAUUUGGAGUGUGGUUGGCUCAAAUCCUGUAAGGUUUUCGUUGCACGAGUUUGAACACAUUACCGGUCUUAACUGCGAAUACAGAGAGAAUCUCAAGGCACCUCUGACUGCGGACAUAGAUGAGAAUGAAUUUUCUGAGUUUUGGGAGAAACUUGGUGUUCAUACCAAGUUUGGGCCUUCAGUUGAUAACCUCACCCGAGCAUGUGGGUGGGCCCAAGACUGGUCGAAAGAGGACAGAAAGAGGCUGGCUUAUUUAGCCGUCUAUGCUGGUUUCAUUGUUGGCGAGAGGCAAACUAUUGCCACACCGGUCGAGAUGGCAAAGCUAGUAAUGGAUCUUGAAGAGUUUGAAGGUUAUCCUUGGGGGAGAGUAGCUUUCUUGAAUCUCAUUGAAUCUGUAAAAUCUGCCAACCUCACCAAACACUACUACAUUAACAGGUUUGUCGAAGUGCUACAAGUGUGGUCGUACUACGCAAUGCCUAGCUUCGGUCAGGACUUCGGUGAGCCUGUAGUGGGUAGGGUAUCUCCGACUAUGAUGGCCUUCAAAGGAAUGAAAGGGCGCAAAAAUAUAAUGCAGACUCUUCUUGCGCAGGUUAAUUUCAACCAUAUGAUCAUGGUGGACAGGGAUAAUGCUUACCCUAGGUGGGACAACGACGUCGACGAUGAACACAUCGAGAAUGUGAUGAAGGCUUUUUACGGAGAGCUCGGAGGGACCUGGAGAUGGAAGCCUUCCGACUGGAUAUCCGAAGGAGUAAUCGUCUUGGAUAAGGUGAAGGAAGAGAAGGAAUUGACAAGAAGAGGCAUCUGGAUUCGGGUCUAG